AAGCAAAGUGUGAUUUACUGGCUGCCUCGGGCUCCACCAAAAAACGAAUUCCUCUAGGAACUCUCCUCAAAAUAAACCAACAGUCGGUGCAGCAAGUACACGUGACUAUCCACCCGCGAAGACCUGCCAUCAAGACACUUUUCCUCGCCGAAAAGAGCCGGUUCAAGUCCAGAAAGGGAUCAGAGAGAUCUAGGUCGGUACUUGCAAUUGGAGAUCACCUGUCUUUCAGUACUCAUUUCGCUGAAACACAUCCAAAACCUGACAAACCUAUUACCGAGGAAAAAAAACAGACGAAAAAUCAAGAAAUAACUGACAAGGCCCUCAAUGAAGAGUUUUGCCAGCUAGUAGAAAAUCCUCCUGAAAAACUUAAUGAUGUUAAGACAACAUUCGAGGCAGCGGAAAAAUGCUAUGUGCAUGUGCAGCGUCACGAAACAAAUCACCACAAUCUGAAGCAAAAUAUUGAGAAAAAUAUCCGGAAAUUUUUAAAUGCCGAUGACUGGAAAUAUAACAGAUUGUCUGCCUCAAUAAUCCAGUUAAAUAAAAGAGUAGAGAUCCUAAAAAGUUUAGUAAGGAGACAAGAAAUGGUCCUAGGUGAUUGCGAUUCUCACAAUUCUCUGUCGUCGUCAGAUGAGGAGUCCCGGGACAACAUGCCUAGUCGCUGCACUGGCCAGGCUCGGCCCGGGUGCAGCUACACGGAGCACUACAGCCACAUCCCCGAAACGUCAGCGUUUCAGAGAUAUGCCCAGCAAUCCAGCUCCUUGUCGCCUAGCAAGGGCGCGACUAUAGAAAAAGAACAUAACUCGGAGCAAUACGGCCGGGACUUUACAACGUACGACGGGCUUACGGCCCGGGGACGGCGCCAGACCGCCUCCGCCACCUCCAAGCGGGACGACGUGCCGCAAGCCGCCGAGAGGAUGGUCAAGAUACGGCACAAACUCAACCCGGUGCGCGACUACAGGCUGAUGGACACUGUACAUUACUUGGCGCAGGGCGAGUUCGCUCCGCGCAACGACGGUAUAAAGCUAACUCCGUCUCGAGAAGCCGUGCUGAGUGACAUCAUCUGGGAGGACGUGUGCCGCACGCAUUGGCCUACGGCCCGCCUGGGGCGCCGCCACACGCAGGACAGGAGCAACACGAGAUCCGAGCUGCAGCGACUGAUCGACAGCCUGCUGAGAGAGCGCGUGGCGCACGUGGAGCGCAGGCGCCGGCGCCACUACAGGAUAGUGAAGCACACGCAGCACAGCGCGGGCCGCGUCGGCAAGACCGGGGACAUCAUCGUGGCCAGCGGCAAGCACAAACAUCACGACGAAGAGCCACCGAGUGGCUAUACUCAUCACGCCUCUGGCUUGAUGAUGUGCAACAACAAAUGGCCCGAUCAUCGGACUCACAGAAGUGACGACCGGUUGAUAUCUCCCGAGAGACGGCGAGUGGUGCAGGAGGAGUGCACGCCGGGGCCGAGCUACGCGGUGCCGCGCAGCCGGCGCGAGCCCACGUGCUGCUACCACGCGGCCGGCACGUCGCGGCAGCCCGACAGGACGAGGAACAUUCGCGACACCAAGGAGAGAUACUCCAGCUGCAGUACCGCUUCCUCGGAGAAGCACAGGAAGAAUCCUCGCUUAGUCGUCAGGAAAGACUCUUCACGCAAAAAGUACCACGAGAAGGAACUAAAUCUUGAACAUUUUAUUUUGCUUCCAACUUUGGUGGUUCGUACGCCUUCUAACGUGAGGCGUCAGAAGAAGUUUAAUGAACUGUAUCACCGUAUUUUAAAUCAGUUAAGCACCGAGCAAAACCGCGGCUCCAAGGAACAGACGGACUCUCGUGGUCGUCGCAAGUGGAAGGACUCCGUGACAUCGAUGGACUUUGACAAAAAUUUGUAACAACUAAAUAAAAAGUAAGAUCUGAACUGUUUGAAGAAAAAUGUGUGUGUAAAUAAUGCAAAUAGGUAAAUAAAUUAUUAAUAUCACACUA